GCAUUGCGAAGUAUAUAAACGUCAUCAGUGAUAACUUUUUGUAAUCAUAAACACUUAUUUACAGUGUCCGUUCUAACUGAGUUCAAAAUCGCCGGCCGAGAGCGAAGAAACUGCAAGUAGUUAUCCACUAAAUGCUGCCGAAUUAGUUUUCGGUAGUGAGUCAAUUCCAUUAAAGUUGUAGUUCGCUAGCCUUGCUCUUUCUUCGUCCGGUUACUUCGUGGAUCAAAACGGGUGGUGUGGAGGCCCUGCGCUGGGUCAGCCUUCAUAAGGAUUGUAAGUGGCGCGUGUUGUGGUCACUGCCGUGGAGCUGUUCCCUCGUCUCGGCGACUCGGUUGGCAGUGGAGAACCGGCGAGCCGCUGCCCCUGCAGGAUUCCUUUUCAUUUUGACUCUGCCUGAUCCCGGGGAGCGCCAUGCUGCAGCAGAUCCUGACGGACAUGUUCAUCGAACCCGAGCUCCUGGCCGAGCUCAACGAGGAGCAGAAGCAGACCCUCUUCAUCAAGAUGAGGGAGGAGCAGGUGCGGAGGUGGAAGGAGAGGGAGGCUCGGCUCGAGAAGGAGGAGGCCGUGACGCAGAGGCCCAAGAAAGCUACAGGGAAGUGCAUCUCCUGGCUGCAGGGGUCGGACAGUGACGUGUGGGUCUGGGUGAUGGGGGAGCACCCCACGGACACGCCCUACGAGCAGAUCUGUGAUGAGGUCAUGGCUGAGAGGGCAGCGCUGCAGGCCCAGAAGGAGGCCGAAGAGCUCAGGGCUAAGAAAGAGGAGGAACUUGUGAAGAGGCUCUCUAAUAUCCACCUGGAUGGGGAGCAGGAUUCCUGGAGGGAGGAGGAGGCCAGGCAGGCUCAAGUUAGGCAGGCAGCCGCUGAGGAGCAGAGCAGGAGGGAGGAGGAGCUAAAGAGGAGAGAGGAGGAGGAACGGCGCAAGGCGGAGGAGGAGGUGAGGAGGCUGGAGGAGGAGAGGGCCCAGCAGAUCUACAUGGACCUGAAGGAGGUGCAGCGCAGUGUGUUGGGCCAGGAGAAGGAGGACCCAGAGUGGCAGGAGACCUUGCGCAAGUCCAAAGCGGCGGACCUGCGCAGACGCUCGCUGGCCAAGCAGACGCGUGAGGACCACAGGAGGCGGUCUGUGAGGGCGCUGGAGCAGGGCCGCGUGGCCGCCGUGUCCAAGGCCUUCGGAGCCACCAGACCGGCCCUCCCGCCAAAACCCAAACAGAGGACCGUGGCUGUGAAUACUGACGCUCUGAGCCGGAGGCCAGGCGUGCGCAGGACUCUGUCCACCUCCAGCAGGGAGCAAAUUGUCCAGUGGUUCCGGGAGGAACAGCUGCCCCUUCACGCUGGGUUCGUGAGGGACCACAGCCGGAUUGCACCCUGGUUCCACGGAAUAAUCACGAGACAGGAAGCGGAGGCCCUACUCAGCCUAUGUGCACCUGGGUACUUCCUCAUCCGGGUCAGCGAGAGGAUAAAGGGAUACGUUCUCUCCUAUCGAUGCCGGGAGGAAAUGAAGCAUUUCCUCAUUGACGCCACAGAGAACUGCUAUAUGCUGCUGGGUGACCAGAUCAAGUUUCCUACUCUGCUCGACCUGGUGGAGUACCAUGAGGGGGAGCCCAUCACCAUGUCAGGAGGGGAGCAGCUGUUGAAGCCUUGUGGGCAGAAGCAAGGUCACGUGGAUUACUCCGCCCUUUUUACCUGAGCGGGAGUCAUUCACAACCAGGAAACACUGGAGAAAAGGCUUUUCUCCCAAUCGAUGGCUGUGUGUCAUUAAUGGGAACUCCUCAGCAUCAGGAAGCGGAACUAUCUUGGAAGGCCAAAUCUACUAAGCAUCCGCGGGGAUUUUCCAGUACAGCCUGUCCUCCUGUGGCCGACUGCAGUAUUUAUUUUUAUGACAUGAACUGCAGUAGUUAUAUUGCUAUCAACACUGAAUAAUUAACAUAUUUGGAAAAAGUAACUGAAUAGGGUUUGUUUUAACAAAAGUUGAACUGGAACUGCUCUGUUUUUUUAUUCACCUGCAUGUGCAAGUCACGUGACUAAUUACUUGAAUGACUACGGGGGAACCCGGCUAGUUAGAAUCAGCUGUGGGAAUGGAGAAAGGCUGAUGUUCAACCUUGGGUUUUGCCACUAUUAAUGUAAGGAGUUUACUUUUUUUGCUUUAUAUAGACCAAUAUAUAUGCCACUGAUUAAACGCCUAAAAGAUA